UUGAAAGUGGGAGAAGGUUAAUAAUCUUUUUUGCUUUUUCUCAAGAACAGUGCCUCAAAAAUUUUCCAAUCCAACUACCCCCUACAGAUUCUCAGAGGCAUCAAUCAAGAAAAGCACCUUCAUUUGGGAAGUGGGGAACCCCAUUUCCUGCUUUAUCUAUCUGUUCAUCUCCCACUUUCAGAAAAAUUCUCUGCAGACACAUUCAAAUUCAUCAGCAUACCAAGAAAAUAUCCCACAGUACUAACCUCAAACCUCCAGAAAUGCCCAGUAAUUGAUAUAGAAACUCAUAGAAAGGAAGGGAAAAGACUAAGAGAAGUUUUUCUGAGAAUGGAAUCUAGCAUCGAGUGCAUAUCAUCCAUUGAUGGGAUAGAUGAAGAUGAGAUCUCCCACCCUCAUCCCUUUUCUGAGUUUUCAUCUCCAAAGUCAUCUCACAAUACUAUUAACAACAGCAAUCUCAAUGGUGGGGUGAUUAAUCCAGCCACUAGUGUUCAUGAGCUUCUUGAGUGCCCUGUUUGUACAAAUUCUAUGUACCCUCCCAUCCAUCAGUGCCACAAUGGGCAUACCCUGUGUUCUACCUGUAAAGCAAGGGUUCACAACAGAUGCCCCACAUGUAGGCAGGAGCUUGGUGAUAUAAGAUGCUUGGCGCUGGAAAAGGUGGCUGAAUCUCUCGAACUUCCUUGCAAGUACUGCUCCCUUGGGUGUCCUGAGAUCUUCCCUUACUAUAGUAAGUUGAAACAUGAGGCGGUUUGCAAUUUUAGGCCUUACAAUUGCCCGUAUGCUGGAUCAGAAUGCCCAGUUGUUGGGGAUAUCCCGUACCUAGUUGCUCAUCUGAGAGAUGAUCACAAGGUGGACAUGCAUUCUGGAUGCACGUUUAAUCAUCGCUAUGUUAAAUCAAAUCCUCGGGAUGUGGAGAACGCCACGUGGAUGCUAACCGUUUUCCAUUGUUUUGGUCAGUAUUUUUGUCUUCAUUUUGAAGCUUUCCAACUUGGGAUGGCCCCUGUUUAUAUGGCUUUUCUUCGGUUCAUGGGGGACGAGAUGGAGGCUCGGAACUAUAGCUACAGUUUGGAGGUUGGGGGAAAUGGGAGGAAACUUAUAUGGGAGGGCACCCCUCGAAGCGUCAGAGAUAGUCACAGAAAGGUGCGUGACAGCCAUGACGGCCUCAUUAUACAGCGGAACAUGGCACUUUUUUUUUCGGGAGGUGAUCGGAAAGAGCUCAAGCUCCGUGUAACAGGGCGAAUAUGGAAAGAACAGCAGAACCCAGAUGGAGUUUGCAUACCCAAUCUAUGUAGUUAAAGUGACAAUCCUCCAACAUUCUUGCAAAGUGUAUGUGCAGUUUCAAGUCAAUCUAUUAGCUUCCUCUUCGAUCAGGCCGACAUUGUAAGAAUAGUAGAAUACACUAGCAUGCAUCCCAGACAGCAGAUUAACAAGUGAUGC